UUCAUAUACAUCAUAGAUCAUAUACCCUGUACACUUCUCGGACAUCGUCUCUGAUCUUUGAUCUCCCGUGUUGUACACUACUCUUCCUGCCCGGAAAUAUACCUGCUCACCACCACCCACCCUUACACCACCUGACAUGCACGCAUCAACCACGCUCUACCAUGGCCCUAUCGUCCACUCGCUGUCUCUGGACGAGCUCGAAUACGCCGUCGACGCUCUCGUUUGUGUAUCUCCUGAUGGCAUCAUCAACUGGAUAGAGAGGAAUGUCGACACGAGCGAGGUUCAGGAUCGAGCUGCCUCUCACGGUCUCAUCCUAGAUGGGACAAACAAUGCCGUUGAGAUCGUGCAACUGGGAGGACACGAGUUCCUCUGUCCCGGUCUGAUCGAUACCCAUACCCACGCACCCCAGUACCCGAAUCUCGGCUUGGGACAAGAAUACCAGCUCCUGGACUGGCUAUCAAACGUCACUUUCCCGCGCGAGGCCAUGUUUUCGGAUUCGACAUACGCAAAGGCCGUGUACGAAGAGGUCGUCAAGCGGACGCUGGCAGUCGGGGUCACGACGGCAUCGUAUUAUGCUAGUCUGCAUGAGAGCGCUUCCAAGAUCUUGGCAGAGACCACGCUUCGAGCCGGCCAACGUGCGCUCAUUGGCAAGUGCAACAUGGACCGCAAUUGUCCUCCAGAAUACCGGGAACCGUCUGCCAAGGACUCGGUCGAGGCGACAAGAGCACUCAUCUCUCACGUCCGCGCCAUCUGUCCUCCUGGUGGAUCUACUGCGCCUCUCGUACAACCCUGCGUCACACCCCGGUUCGCCCUAUCGUGCACGUCGGAGCUCAUGGCCUCCCUUGGAGACCUGGUCGCGGAGGAUCCCUCACUGCACCUUCAAACACACCUUUCAGAGAACACGGCCGAGAUCAAGGAGACACUCGGCCUCUUUCCCGGUUGCGAGAGCUAUACCGCGGUGUACGACAAGUACGGCAUGUUGCGCAAGGGGACCAUCCUGGCUCACUGCGUCUGGCUCUCCCCGGUCGAGAUGAAAGUGAUCAGCGAUCGACACGCCGGUAUCAGUCACUGUCCGACUAGCAACUUCAACUUGAUGAGCGGAGGAGCUCGAGUAGGAGCUAUGCUAGACGAGGGUAUCGAGGUCGGGCUCGGAAGUGACUGUGGAGGUGGAUUCGCUAUCGGCAUCCUGUCCCAGAUCAGGGACGCCUCUAAGCUCUCCAAGAUGAUCGCGCUCAACGCCGGUACUAGCGAACCAUCGAAAAAGCGGAAAUACUCGGACAAGCCUCUGAGCAUUCCCGCCUUGUUCCACAUGGCUACCCUUGGCGGUGCAUCGAUAUGUAACCUGAAAGACAAGGUCGGGAACUUUGAAGCGGGCAAAGAGUUUGAUGCGCUUCGUGUCAUACCAGGCGCGAGCCCCGGAUUCUUCCUGGACGUUGGCGAGGACACGACUACAACGUCUAGUAGCAAAUCGAGACAAGAAAGGGUCGAGGUGCUCAAGCGAAACUUUGAGAGGUUCUUGUUCGUCAGCGAUGAUCGGGAUAUUGCGGACGUUUGGGUUCAGGGUAGACGAGUGGCGGGGUGUCGUUCUUGAUUACUAGGUCAGGAGGCGAAAUCAAGGAAGGGCGCAGAGUGUACAUUAGAUAGUACUAGGCAAGUCUCUUAAGCAUUUGUAGACGGAUUCCAGGGGUUGUACAAACUUUCCACUUUCUCAAUUACAUAUACCAUACCAGCAUGUUCGACCAUGGCAGUAAC